AUGAGCACGGAAUUUCAAGGUGGUGGCCCGGAUAUGGCCUCAGACGAGUCUCAGCGCCUGUUCGCUGAUGAGCUGAAGGCGCUCAUCGCCGGUGCUCGUGAAGAGGCUUCGGAUGAGACUCAGAAUGAUGGCCAAGAGACCACACAAGUCAACGGACAAACCAGCUCAGAAGACCAAUCAGAGGUCAUAUCACAAUCUCGUAUCAAGCAAGAACAAGAGGGAGAGGGGGAGCCGACAUAUGUAACGAGGAAGUCAAACGACCAGCAGCAAGAAGCACAAGAAGCGCAAGUAGCGGAGCCAACAGGGAAACAAGAACCCGCUUCUUCGCCGUCACGGAAACGUCCCAGCCCCGCGGAGGAGGAAGAAGAACCAGAUUCACCACCAAAGCCCGCCAAGAAGGAAGCAAAGCAAUGCGGUAUCUGUCAAGCGCAGCCAGGAAAGUACAGGUGUCCGCGUUGCCCGCUUAUGUACUGCUCAGUGGCCUGCAACAAAUCCCACAAGGAAAACCACCCACCUGUAUCUGAGCCUACGCCCACCCAAAAACCACAGCCUACUCAACACUCCCAACCCGCAAAAGACAACGAUCCCCUCGCCUUCCUCCUUCCCCACGCCCACCAUAUCACCCGCCUCCUCACCAAAUACCCCCACCUCGAGUCUCGCAUCAACCACAUCCUCGCGCAAACCCUGCCCCCCUCCAACAACCCGCAAGGUCUUGCUGUCGACCCCAACACCGGCUUCGCCACCACUGCCUCCGGUCUUCCCGUUCGCGUCCAGGUUCCGGGUUACGCUUCAAGUUCGGGUAGUUCUUACAUGAAAAAGGACACGCAGCCUUGGUCCAAGGAAGUCGGAUUGCGUAGGGGUGCGGCCGCGCUGAAGAGGGCGAGGACGGAUCCGACUGAGACGGGGGAUGGCGUGAGGGAGCUUUGUGAUACUGUGCUUUGGCUGUUGAAGAGUCACGAGAGGGGAGAGUUGCCAGCGCCCGGUAUUCAGAGUGGGGGCGGUGGCGGUGUGAGGGAUGUGACGCAGUUGGUUAGGGAGGAGGUGGUGAAAGAGGAGCAGGAGGUGGUGAAGAGGAUGUUGGCGGAGGAGAUUAGGCGGGAGGGUGGGGAUCGAUAA